AUGUCCUCCUCACCGCGGCUAUCCGACGUUGCCAGCAAUGAUGGCACCGCGUCGCGCAAGUCUCUCGACCGUGAGCGUAUACUUGGUUCGCCACCCCCACUGAAUGGGCUCAAGACCGACGGGGACGCGUCGCAGACGCAGCAGGCAGGUGACUCCGAGGACUUGGAUCCAGUCCAACGACUUGAGCAGGAGCUGCAACGGACAAGAGAGGAGAAGGAUGCUCUUGCGACACAGUACCGUAACCUGCUCGCGAAGCUCACAACUAUGCGGACGACGCUUGGGAACAAGCUCAAGCAGGACGCCGAAGAACUCGACCGUCAGGAGCAGCUUGUGCAGCAGCUGACAGCGCAGAAUGAGGACUUCGCCGCCACAAUCGACACCCUGAAGUCUGAGUUAAUCGCAGCUAAUGAGGAGGCCGAGCGGGCGUCCAGGGAGCUCGAGACCAUGCGUAGUCGGGCGCUGCACGACAGCUCGCAGGAGACAUUCUUACGCGAACGGGAGCUCAGGGAACUGCAGGCGGAGCUGGAGCAGUGUCGAAUAGAGCGAGACGAGUGGGAACAGAAAGCACUCCAGGAGCACGUCUCGGCGGAUGAGGCCCGGACAUCUGCAGACUCGCUGAGGAGGGAUGUGGAGGUUGAGCGGGAGGCAAGACAGCGCGCAGAGACGGCUCUGGAAAUUGAGCGGGAGAAGAGCGCGAACCUGCAGUCGGUGCUGGAGGACUUUCAGGCUUCCAAGGAGCACGACCUCAAGCAAGCGGUCAAGGAGUACGAGCGUCAGCUACUACAGGUCACACAAUCGCUUGCAGAGUUCAAAAGUCGUGCGCUGAACGCAGAGCUGCAACUCGAGGAGAACUCUACCAGCAACUCGCGUGUGCAGGAGUUGGAGAAAGAAGUGAAGGAGAAGAGUGUUCUUGUUGGCAAGCUACGACAAGAAACUGUCAUCAUGAACGAGCACCUCAUGGAGGCGCUGCGUCGGCUACGACGCUCGUCUUCUGAUACCAACGUUGACAGGCGUUUGGUCACGAAUGUACUGCUGUCCUUCCUCACUACACCUCGGGCGGAUCCGAAACGCUUCGAAAUGCUCUCCUUGCUCUCAACAAUCCUGCAAUGGACCGAAGACGAGCGAGAAAAGGCCGGCCUUCAGCGCAGCGGCGCAUUGCAGCCUUCGUUAGGGGGUUCUCUGUGGGGCAGGUCCGGCACAUCUUCCCCCUCUGCCAAGCCUGCCGAGCUUCAGAAGACGGACGAGACGGAGUCUUUUUCCCGGCUCUGGGUCGAGUUCCUCCUCACAGAAGCCUCUGCCGGCGAAGGCAGCUCCUCACCUUCGCCACGCUCCCCGUCACGACACCAGAAUGGCUCGCUACCCAGCACUCCAACACAAGCGUCGACCCGUCUAUCGCCGGUAGCGCUCAACGGCACCCGUCGAUUACCAUCUUUCACCUCCGCUGCGAUGGCGAGCUCGCCUGAGCUCAAGCUAUCGAGCCCGCCGCAGAAGGGUAAGGAACGUGCGCUUCCUUGAUCUCGGCGAGCUUGUCCUGGGUGGCACGUCGUAUUUAUUGCAGAGCGGGGAGGGGGGAUCCGGAGCAUAUGGGACGCAUACAUACUACUCGCAUAUCCGUUGUUCUUUCGCAAGUAAAUACUUCUGGCAUUAUCUGUAGUUUUAG